GCGCCGCUUAUGACUUAGCCAUGCGACUCCAGCAGCACAUGCCGUGGCAAGACGAUCAGAUAGAUACCAUCCCGUUGGCUGGCCGGAUGGACGAUCGUGCGGUACAGAUCGGUGCGAGCGCGUAAAAGAGUCAUAGAGAACAGAUCUCCAGGUUAGAUCGGUUUCGACAGUAUAUCGCAGGUAUCGUCGAUAUGACUGAUAGUGGUCGGCGAUAUUAGUGCGAGAGACGCGCGCGCAAAACUCGAUAAGAUCGCGAGUAUAUCGGUAUCGGAUCGGUAUCGGAUCGGUAUCGGAUCGGUUCAUAUCAAUUCGAUCUCGGCGACGAGGGCGAGUUCAGUGAAGAAGUGUCGGACGAGGAUCAGUGACCCCGAGGAGGAAAGCCCGAAGAAGCGGAAGGGACGAUCUAAAUCUGACCGGCAAGGGCAAGGUCGCGCUUCCUUUCUCUCUCUGUCUCGUGGAAGGAAGCGGAAAAAGAGCGGACCUGCCUGGAAUUAAAACGACGUUAUGAGACGCGCUUAACGGGGCCCACUCUCGACCCGUGUUGCACCCCGAAGGUUAAUGCGCUGCACGAUGACUGCUAGGAAAAGUGUCUGUCUGUUGUUCAUCUUCCUCACUUUGACAUGCGUCUUUUCUCACCCCUGGACGCCGCAAAAUGAAGGCAGGAAGCUGUUUGGCGGCUAUACGAUAGUCCCGAAGACGUGCCGGCCGUCCUUGCCGUCGCGCAUGAAAUCGAGCGAGCCGCCGAUAUGCAUGUUCAAUUACGAAUGCACCCGGCGCAAGGGCGAGGUCGUCGGCGCCUGCAUGGACGGCUUCCUCUUCGGCGCGUGCUGUCAACUGCCACCGAAGAGCGCGAUAAUCGAGAACGGGGACCAGCCGUCCGGCGCCGAGGGGCUUCUUCAGCUUCACCAGCUCGAUCACGUGCCCGACAUACCGAUCUUGCUGAACCCAGACGGCACGCCGCUCGGCAUGUCUGUCCCCAGCAACGAGCCUACGAGGACCGAGGACCGACCGAUCGGCGGCGAGACCACGUACACGAAAAUUUCCAGCUCGAACCAGGGCUCCUCGUCGACCUCGUCGUUGCCCGGGACGGAGAACAACGCCGAAAAGACGCAGGUGGUCCAGCAAGCGGACGUCAGUCACUUGGCGGACAAGUUCCCGGCUCUUCUGGGUCAGCAAGGCAUCAUUGAUGACUUGAGGCUGCCGGGACUGCUGACACAUUCGGAUUCCAACAACGAUAUCCAGGAUCACCAGGAUCCCUCGGCGGUGAAUCCGGUCACCACGUUGUUGAGCCCGGAUCAGAUCCUACAGAUAGCGGACCCGGUCGAUCAGCUCCCGUCGUUGUUCUCUCAGGGAUUGGGUGAUCACAAUCAUAGUAUCUCCGACCCGGAGACGAUACUGUUGAAUGAGAACGGCACGAUGCUGGUGGAGACCCAUAACCCGGACGAGAUCUUCCGACCGUCCACCGAAACGUCGAUUGACGAAAGGAUCACGCAGAGUGAAAGUACGUCGGAUAUCUGGAUCAAGUUUCCGGAGCAGCGGCCUGCCUCUUCCACGCUGGAGUUCACGUCCACGUCGCAGCUGCCGAAGUCGACGGCGUCCCUGAUAACGAAGGCGCCGCAGAAACCCACGAGCGACACACUUACCACGCAACUGACCUUGGAGAACACCUUCGAGAAGGCGAGCACGGUUGAAAAGAAGAUGUCGACGAAAGAGGCGACGACGCUCGAAGCCACUACUCCGAUGAGCGUAUCCGGGAUAAAGGAGGAGCUGGUGAAGGUACCAACGAUUAUAUACGACCUGCCGUCGGGUAAUAAAAAGAAGGACGAUGUUCUCGACAAGGAGGAGAUCGCCAUCAAUCAUAUAAUCUCCAUUCUGAACGACACCACGCCGAAAUCCGACGUAUCCGUGACGGUUCCCGCGAGUUCCUCGCCGGUUCAGGCCUGGGUGAGCAUCGACGAGACAUCGAAACCCUUCCAUCACGUGAAGGUCAGCUCUUCGAACUAUCGACCUACCACUCUCGCGCCCUCGACCUUCCCGUAUGUCUACUACAAACCCAGCUCUCUUCAGCCCUCCAAGCUGUCCUCGACGUACUACAACUACGAACUCGUUCCCACGGAAACGACCUACCCGUCGCAAUAUUCGACUUCCGGUAGCUCGUACGUCUCGCGUCCGGCUGCGCAGACAACCUAUCCUGGCGCUUCCAGCAGCUUCGCCGGAAGUAGGCCUACGACGAACCCUCCGGCGCCGACGGUGAUAGUUCUCGGCCCACUCGGCACGGAAUUCAGCACGAAAACCACCCAGAAACCCAUUACGAGGAAACCCACCGGCGCGACCGUCCAACCAAUUUCGACUCCGAUCAAGACCACGCCUCUCAGACCUACGUUGAUCAACACGAAGAAGCCCACCGUGUCCACGACCAUCACCCAUAACAUCAACACCGUGAUCUCGAACGCCGCCGCGAACAACGUCGUGUCCACCAGCUACAUCAGCGUGAACCUGAAGGACGGGACCAGCGCGAGGCCGACGGUCGACGUCAACACCGAGGCGGGGAAUUUCGUGACAAAACCUGGGGUGACAAAGCAGCGGCCGAGCACGAAGAAGCCGGUGAUCUGGACCACCGUGUCCUCGUGGUCGAACAAACCGGUGUUCAACCUGAAACCGUCCACUCCGAGUUUCAGCUGGUCGGUCGAGAAUCUCACUCCGGUUAGUACCCUGAUAUUCAAGGACACGACGAAUAACGAGGAGUACAUCAAGGGUACCACGACGACUGUGCCGUGCGAGGACGAAACCGCGGCUCCGGACGACCUCAUCAAUUUCCCGCCGGUGCGGAACCCGAAUCUGAACAUCUCCGCGCCAAUCUCGCAGCAGGAGAAGCCGACGAUCGUCGAGAUUUAUAACAAGACGAGGUAUCCGGAGAUCGAGCUGAUCAGCGAGAACGAUAUCCCGACGCCCACGUUCCUCGAGGACGCCGUUCUGACGGAUAAAGUGGAUGCUUUCGUCAACAAGCUCGUUGAGUCGCUGCAGGGAAACUUCCAGAACUUAAAAGAGGUGGUCUACAGUGGAAAUGGUACCACGGCAGCCUCAGUAGCGCCUUCUACUUCUAGCGUGACAAAAAGACCGGUUAACGGAAGCGUCACGACAAGGAAACCCACGCGAAAACCCACGACCAAACCGACGUCCUUGUCAGCGACAACGGGGCCGACGAAGAAGCCAGCCGCGACCACGAAGAGGCCGACUCGUACCACUCAGAAACCGACGUCAUCCGAGAAGCCGACGCGUCCCAAAACGACCACCUCGAGACCAUCCAAACCAACUACUUCGCAGAAUGUUACGACCAAGAAACCUCAGGUAACGACGAAGCGCCCGAGACCGACCAGAAAACCCACGACUAUCCCGUCCAGCAGCACGGAGACGAUUCCACCGGAAGAACAAAGUCUCACCUUAUCGAACACGACCGAGAGCAGCGACACGAACCAACCGGAAUUUCGGACUCGAUGUGGCUUGAGGCCUCUGGUUUCCAGAGCGGGAAAGAUAGUCGGCGGAAAGGGCGCGCAAUUUGGAGAAUGGCCCUGGCAGGUGUUGGUUCGCGAAGCGACCUGGCUCGGUUUGUUCACGAAAAACAAGUGCGGGGGUGUUCUUAUCACUGACAAAUAUGUGAUUACAGCAGCUCAUUGUCAACCAGGCUUCCUGGCUUCCCUAGUCGCGGUAUUCGGCGAGUUUGACAUUUCGGGCGAGUUGGAGUCGAAGCGCAGCGUAACGAAGAAUGUUCGCCGCGUCAUCGUGAAUCGCGGUUACGAUCCUGCGACGUUCGAGAAUGACCUGGCGCUUCUCGAGCUGGAGUCGCCGGUGCAAUUCGAUGAGCACAUCGUGCCAAUUUGCAUGCCCAACGACGGGAUCGACUUUACCGGACGGAUGGCGACUGUCACGGGCUGGGGCCGUCUUAAAUACAAUGGUGGCGUUCCGUCGGUGCUGCAAGAGGUCCAGGUGCCUAUAAUGGAGAACGCGGUUUGCCAGGAGAUGUUCCAAACGGGUGGACACUCGAAAUUGAUCUUGGAGAGCUUCCUCUGUGCAGGAUACGCGAACGGCCAGAAGGAUUCCUGCGAGGGUGACAGCGGCGGUCCGCUGGUGAUGGAACGACCGGACGGCAGAUGGUUUCUGGUUGGGACCGUUUCUCACGGUAUAAAAUGCGCGUCUCCGUAUCUACCGGGUGUGUACAUGAGGACGACCUACUUCAAGCCCUGGCUGCACAGCAUUACCGGAGUCUGAGGAAACCCGACCAUUAUCAUCACGUCCUCGUGUGAUUACGUGUAUGAGCGGCACCCGAUGCCAUUCUGUAUAAAUGUACAAAGGAAGCCUAAUUUAUUUCACCUCGGGAUAGAGCGUACGAAGCUCAAUUAAGUAACAUAAUCCGCGGAACAGUAACCGCGGACUUGAAAUAUCGGAAUUCUAUCUCGAGAUUUGCAUAAUAACGAGAAAAGUCUCUUCUCUCGACGCAUUUAUUAUAUAUUUUUUCCAUUAGCGCGACGGAAGUAAUACACUUGUAUAAGUUUUGUUUUACAUCGGGCAAGAUAUUCAUCAUUUUAUGCAAGCGGCGCGAGAGCGGGAGAGAGAAGGGAAAAUAAAUCACAACUCUCGAAUUAUUUGAAUUUCAAGAUGGCAUUCUGUGUAAAAUUGUCCGCGGCGAGACGCUGCUUCUCGGCGCACGAUCAGCGUGCCCGACGUUGCAUUUAUGCGCAUCAAUGUUUAAACUCGUCCUUAUGUGUCACACGGAGUAUUCGCAGAGUCGGCUUUGCGGCAGAAUUCAGAUGUCCAACCGGCAGCCCUGAACCGUUAUUACUCUCGGCACGAUAACAUUAUACAUUUAUUUAGCAUUCCUUCUUUCAAUCGAAGAAACGAAUGCAAAUAAUUGACGAUUCGCGUCAUUCUCUAAGUAGCUUCUUUAGCUGAUUCGGAACAGUUAUUUUUUUCUCAACAGAAAUAGUCCUCAUGAAAAGGAAAAUUUAUAUUUUCGUUAAAUAAUUCCAAACUUAUAGAUAUUAUUUAAUCUUGAACGCGCAGCAGUUUGAUUACACUGAAAACAACAUUUAUUGAAUUCAAAUACGCAUAUUUAUGUCACU